UGAAAAUGAUUUCGAAAAUAAAAAAGUUUUAAAGGGUACACGAGAGGGUGCCAAGAUAGUCGUUGAAGAGCCCGGGGAGGAUCGGUCAAUUCUCAGCUUUAAAAACGAUCCAAUAAAAUUGGGAGAGUUUGGAUCACUUGGUGAUAGUGAUCUCAUGGCUGAAAUACUGACCGCAGUUGCGGGACGCAAAAAUGAUGAGGUGGGACAAGAGAUCGCCGAAGUUGCUAAGAAACCUAAAAGGACCGUCUCUUUUAAAAAUCAACCUCCAAAAUUAAAGAAUCAGAGUAAAAAAAAGCCAGCACCACUUCCGUCGGAAAGUGAAAGUAGCGAAGAGGAAUCUCCGGUUGUUACAGGGAGUGAUGAAGGUAGUAGCGAUGAAGGCAGUAAUGAUGAAACAUCGAUAAAAAAUAGUCCUAUUAAGGCUAUGGUAAAAUCUGGUCGUGGAAAUAAAGAUGUCAAAAUGAAAUCUCUGCCUUUGAAUAGGGGCGACAGCGAAGAAGGUUCUGACAGUGAUGAUCAACAAAGAAUGGCAUCCCCGCCAUAUUCAACCAAGCAGACGUAUGGAAAUGAUUUAAAUAGACGACAACCACGAUCUGCUGUCGAAGAAGCAGCCCGUGGAAGGAAAGAGGGAAAAAAACCAAUUAAACAGCUGGAAAGUGAAGAUGAUGAAUCAACCGAGCAUUCCAUUAGUGAUAAAGAGGAGGCUAAAACGGAGUCGGAGGACGAGAGCGAAAAGAUACCUCUGAAUGCGGUCAGGAAGAAAUCUUUGAAUAAUAAUCAAAAUGAAUAUUCAGAGAAGGGUUCAACUGAUUUGAACGUAAAUCUCAGUGCAUUGACUAUCAAUCCAGCGGAGGACUCGGUCACGUUGACAGAAUCAAAGGAACAUCAAGUUGUCGCAAAAAAGGAAACCAAGACACAAGAGUCAACUACAUCCGAGGAAGAAACAUCAGAAGAUGACACAGUGAAUAGAACGCGCAAGGAGGAACCACUGGCAGUUUAUGUGGAAGAAGUGGGACAAAAUUCAAAUUAUCAGAGGACCAAUUUCAACACUCGUCCUAGGUCGGUCUCACCUAAUUAUAAUCAAGGACAACGAUGGAUUCCACCACCAGGCCCGGGGGGUCAUUAUAUGGAAAAUUCAGGAUACCCAAUAGACAAUCGAAGGAGUAUGAUGCAAGUACCAUAUCGCGGCGGAGAAUAUUAUGAUGAUGAUCGUUCUAGCGUAGCAAGUUUCGGUGGCCAUUCUAGAUCGGCUAUGGGCCUUGCACCCAUGACUGCAAAUCGAAGACGUAUUAGCGGAGGAAAUGCAGAUUAUGCACGUGAUCUUGUAUACUUGGAUGACGGGUAUUAUGAUGAUCGAGGAAGUCAUAAUCACAUUCGUCCCCAGGGUCUUUUUUCAUUGCCACAAUCUCAGCUUUCAGCUCGUGAGCAAGAACUAAUGGCCCGCGAAACAGGGGCACCGUUGAUCAAUCUGCCAGAAAAACAAAAGGAUCCACAAACAGGCUUGGUAGGUGCCAUUACAGCAAGGGAACAUCAAAGAAAGACCAUGGUGCAGGGCAUGCUACCUAGAAAUGCUGAAUUGGAACGUGAAAGAGCACUUGAGAGGGAAAGGGAUCGUAGAUUAGCGGAGCAAAGGCAACAAAUGAUGAUGGUUGAAAGAGAAAGGGAACCUAUGUAUCCACGACAGUCUUAUAUUCCACCCCCGAGUGGACAAAACCGAUUUUAUAACAAUCAACAAUUUUUGGACCCAGCAGUCGGGCAAAGGGGAUCAUAUUAUGAUCAAGGCUAUUAUGGUCCUGCAGAUGACGAGGACGAGGAUGAUGAUGUUCCCUUAGGUGUUGGUGGAUCCGUCUCUUCUUUGCAGCCUAGAUCACAGCAAGUGACCCGAGGUAGACGUAAAGACAUUGGUUAA